CUUAGCCUGAGGAGGACGUCUCUCAGGUCCACCCAUACUGAGUGUAACUGAGGUGCGGAGGAACUACAAGGACAGAGGAAGACAGAGGAGGAACAAGGACACCUAGAAAAAAACAACAACUACUAAGACCGGACUAUUCCAGAUCAUCCUGCCCUCAGAAAACAACAAACCACUGUUUUUUUGCGUGAUGGUUCUCUUUUUAACCAUGGUGUUGAUCCUGCAGCUGGCUCUGUCGCUGGCUCACUGCCCCACCUGCAAGGGCCCCGUCGGGCAUGGGGUCCCGGUCGGGAACGGAGCCCCCGUAGUGCCCCUACCCCCCAGGCCGCAGCGGCCCCGGCCCCCCGGGGGCGGCCAGACGGCCCUGGCCAGGGGAGAGGCGUGUGGGGUCUACUCGCUGGGCUCCUGCCCCAGAGGGCUGAGGUGUCUCCCCAUGGCGGGCGAGGCCAGGCCCCUCCAGGCUCUGCUGGAGGGUAGGGGGGUGUGCAGCGAGAGCAACCCCACCACCAGGAUCCACUCUGCAGACCUGGCCCCGAACGAUCCGCCAGAGUCCACUCCGUGUCGUAAACUGCUCCUCACGGUGCUGAGAGGGCUGGAAGGCCAACUGUUCCAGUCCCUCUACGACCUCUACAUCCCCAACUGCGACAAACGGGGUUUCUUCAAGAAGAAGCAGUGUCGCUCCUCUAAAGGCUUGGGCCAGCGGGCAAGCUGCUGGAGUGUGGAUGAGAGCGGAGCGUCCGUCACGCCCUCAAGCGCCAGCCCCGUCAGCGAGGCCUGAGGAGAGCCGCUCUUCCUCUGCGGAGCGGAAAGCUCACCCAGGACCGCCGGUCCCGCUCAGAGACGCUGAUCGUUACCUUGUCGAUCCUCGGUCCUAUACCGGAGUCGUGAAGAGGGGAGCGAUUGUGUGAUGCGUCACAUCUCAAACUGGAAGUUUACAACAAGUUACUGUUCAGCUCCACGCAGAAACAUGUUUCAGCGGGGCGUUCAUAAGUAUUCAUGUGUAUUCAUAUAUAUUCAUGUGUGUUUCUUAAGUAUUCAAAUAUUACGAGGUCUAUAAAUGUAUGUACUCAUGGUUGAGGGAUUGUGGUAUAGCUGCAGAUAGAUAGUGGUUCAUAUGUUGAUGGUCAAAGACUCAAAAGGUGAGUCGACGACCUUGAUUGUGUGGGUUAAAUUAUUGUAUCAGUAUACGUUUGUGUCAAGCAAUGCCAUGUUGUAUUUAUGAUAUUAACUAUUUUGUACCUCACUGCAAUUGUAUUUCUGUACUUGCUCUAUUUUGUCUGUCAAUUCAAUAUUAUGUAGCCUACGUUACUUUUGUGUCAUAUGGCUAUAUUUGUAGUCCUGGAAAUAGCCCACUGGAAAGAAGGCGAUUUCGUUUUUCUUGAAAAUAAACACCACAGGCAGAAAUAAACAAA